AUGGGUCCACGACAAUUGAUCGAACGACAAUUAGUCGAACGACAAUUGGGCGACGUCAAUUGGUCGCAGCGACAAUUGGGCGCUACGACAAUUAGUCGCAGGGUAGAAUUGGUCGCAAUGCUGAAAAAUAAAAUUACCGAAAAUUUUUACUAGGAUCGUAAAGAAAUAACACACAAAGAUCUAGAAACUGACUAAAAAUCUAUUCAAGCGCAUGGAUAUCAGAUAUGAGAGGAAAUACGAAUGUUUCCUGAAUUCUUGGAUUUGUGUAUAAAAUAUUACACCGGAUCAAGUAGUAGCUAUUUCAAAAAUUUUGCACCAUCCAUAUAACUUUCCCCCAUUUCGAGGUCUUUAUCUGUUGCGACUUUUGCUGUUCCACAAGGAAUAUAGUUCUCAUCUUCUUGUAACAUUUCCAUAAAUUCAAAUGUUAAUAUUAAAUUUUUGCUAACUUAUAAGGUUAUCUACUUUUCUAUUCUGCAGGCAACAUCCACAUUUCUCACAUGCUAUCUCCGUCCUUACGCUGUGCUGUGUGAUUGAGUCUAAUGUGUGUAGACUGAAGUUUGUGGAGAAGUGAAAAAGAGCUAGACUUCUGUUAAACAUUCGACCAAUUCUACAUUGCGACUAAUUGUCGUAGCGCCCAAUUGUCGCUACGACCAAUUGACGUUGCCCAAUUGUCGUUCGACCAAUUGUCGCUCGCCCUACAAGAAUAUAUGAUAAUUCUGUUCGAUAAGUCUUGAAUAGAUAAUUAAAAUAUAGAUGAAUUUACUUUUACAACAAAUCAACAAUAUGAAAAGAAACAUUUUCUUAUUUAUUAUAUCGAUUGUUUUUUUUCGUUCGAGAAAUAAAUUUUCUAAAAAUUGUUUGUACUUUAGAUAAAUUUUAAUCUGUUCGUUCUAUCUGUAUCUGUCAUAUUAUAAUUAAUAUUUAUCAAAAAAAAAAAAAAAAAAGAUUCGUUCAAAAUUCUAAUCAAGUUUAGAUCUGAAAAGACAAACAAUCAAACAAAUUUGAUCAUUUAUUAAUAAAAUUAUGCUUAAGAUCAUCUAUCAAUACCGAUCAUAAUCAUUAUUUUCAUUUAAAAUAUUGUUUUUUUUUGUUGAAUUUCGAUGAUAAUCAUUCAAUGUUAAUAUUCAAUUAUUUUAAAGAGAAAAAAAAAUCAUCAAUAUAAAUCUAAAUAUUGUUAAUAUUAUAUUUGAAUGAUCUAUUUUAGUUAUAAUAAUAAAACGUCUACUGAGAUAUUCAUAUCUCGGU